GCGUUUUUUAUUCGUUUUUAACCAAUCUCGCGACAUUUGUUUUAGCUAGAACCGUGAAAUCCAGCGACCAGCCGCGAUGGUUACGGUGUCGUCCUCGUACAGUAAUAGCUAGCUUGAAGAGGAAAUACGCGAGUGCCGUGUUCGCGAUAGCCCCGAAAUCGUCCAGCAACCGCACACCCGAAAAAAAUUUCAGCAGCAGCCUCGACGCGAAACGCAAAGCAGUGAAGAAGUGUGCGUGUGCCUGUGUCUGUGUGGUGCGUGCGUUUACUUGGAAGUGAUCUCGACGGCGGCUGCUCUAGAGUGCGGUGAUCAAGUGGUCGUCGUGGAUGCUGGUUGCUGCUGGUGGUGGUUGUAGCAUCAUCAGCAUCAGCAUCAUCAUCAUCAUCAGUCGACGAGGAAGCAAGCGAAAUAAUAGAUGAUUGUGUUCCAUGCCAAUUCUUAACCGCGUAAAUCAGGUGCAGUCGCGUUCGAGGGGGGUGGGGCGUGCAUCCCGGGAGUGUGCACAAUAGAAGAUACUAGCAGUGGCGCCAGGUUCAUUGUUUGUUGCGAUCGAUCGAUCGGUGAUCGUGCCGUGGUGUAGUGUUGUAGUCAGUGUACUGCUCGGUUUCAUGUCCGAUGGCUUAUCUGUACCCUUCCCGCUGCCACCGUCAGCUUCCGGUCACUAAUGAUUCGCCAACGUCGACGACGUCGCCGAAGGUGUGAGAUCGUUCUCGUCUAGGUGCACUGUUAUACCCAAAAUCCCAACAACAAAAACCCCACACCGAAUUGUGUUGAAACGAAAGAAAGAAGUAAGUGAACGGGCGAGGAAGAGCCAGAAAGAGUGAGAGUGAGAUCUAGAGAUCGAGGGAUCAAGUUCUCCCCACCCAACACACCACCAUUCGACGGCGGUCCUGUGGCGGUGUCCCUUGUCAGCGGCUCAACAAUGAAUAAGCUGGAGUACUCGCGACGCAAUGGCACCCAAAAGAUUCGAAUUACAAUUCUCUGUGCCCGUAAUCUGGCCCGGAAGGAUCUGUUCCGAUUACCGGACCCUUUCGCCAAGAUCACCGUGGAGGGUACGCGCCAGGAGUACACGACCGAGAUCUGCAAGGCGUCGCUUGAUCCCCGGUGGAACUCGUACUACGAUCUGUUUCUCGGCAAAAACGACAACAUCAUUAUUGCGAUCUACAACCAGCGCAAGAUGCACAAACGGCAGGGCUUCCUGGGCUGCGUUCGGAUCGCCGCCUCCAGCAUACAACUGUUGCGCGAUACGGGAUAUCAACGGUUGGAGCUGGUGAAACGAACCCAGGAUGACCCCGAUCCGGUCAAGGGUCAGAUCAUUGUAUCUCUGAUGUCACGGGACAGUGCAACGGGUGGUGGCACUCCGCUUGCCAUCGUUGGUCCGGCCGGUGAUGUUCGCGUUCCGGAUGAUGAUGAUUCGGCGACCGAUGCACUGAUCGAUACGGAACACCAGCUUCCGCAGGGCUGGGAGGAACGGACGACACCGAAUGGACGCUCGUACUACGUUAAUCAUCUAACCAAAACGACACAGUGGAUGCGCCCAACCGAACCGGCCGGAGGGGGCAAUAUGCUGAACGGUGGCACGAACGGCGUGAACGGGCAUGCCACGACCCCGCAACACAACGUUGCCAAUGGCAACAACCAUAACCAUAGCAACGAAACCGCCGGUACACCGAUCGUAGCACCGGCAGGUCCAUCAAAGUCGGCAACUAACAAUAGCAUCAAUAGUAUUCAAUCGAACGAUUCGGGCAGCCGGCGGCACUCGACCGAGAUUUUGCUCAACUCGAACAACAAAGAGAACUGCAACAACCACCACUCUCCACAGCAGCAGCAACAGCAACAGCAUCCUCAGUCGCCGCAGCAUCAUCACCAUCAACAGCAAUCGUCCAAGGAGCAGCAGCAGCAGCGAUCGGGGAAAGACAACGAUGGUGGAGCACUUAUCAACGGUAACAAUGGAGCCGGAUUGCGGCAACGGAACGAAGCAAAAAGUCCUGUGAGAAUUGCGGAUGAUUCGGGUCAGGCAACGCCCAGCUCGAGCACGACCAGUCCGCUCAGUGAGAUCAACAGCCCGAUCACUUCACCCAAGUCCCAAGACAUCUCGCCACGUUCCGGCAACGCCGGAGGACGGGAACCACAAACGGUAACUGGAAUUACCAAUGCAAUCGGAUCACUAUCGGUGGAAUCUUCGCCAGCGGCGGCAGGUGCACGGUCCUCGCCUGCGACCGUUAAUGGAGCGAAUGGACCUGCAACAACGAACGGCACUGGAGGUGGUUCUGGAAGUAACUUCAGUAGCCCAAAUCAUGUGUCGAACGGUAGCAAUCAGCAGCAGCAGCAUCAGCGAGGUGUCGGUGGUCCGGAAUCGAACGGACCGAGCGGCAGGGAGUCGUCACAUCAAUCAAAACCUACUGUGCCUUCGUAUCUGCCACUACAGGCGAACAAUAAUGCUAACGUCCAAACGACCGCUAACCACAACGGUGUCAAUGGAACUGCCAUACCGAAUGGAACCAACCAUCACAGUUCCUCCGGUCCCGAAACAAUCGGAGGAGGUCCACGACAACACCAUCACGGAGUGCCAGCGAUAGUGGCUGAGGGUGGUGGCCAUAGGGAAACAUCAGCUUCACGAAAUCCACGCACUCGUUCAACGCGGCACCCUGAGGAACCGUCCCGGAGACGAACGUCGCGUGAUCGACCACCGCGCCCAUCGAUGGGCAGUGGGAUGGCAGGCCAGGUGCGGCCCGGUGUCGUACCGUUCGUGCGUCCCGCCGUAGAUCUUCCACAUGGAUAUGAAAUCCGAACGACUCAACAGGGACAGGUUUACUUCUAUCACAUACCGACGAAGCAAUCGACGUGGCACGAUCCACGGAUACCACGUGACUUCGAUACUCAAAACCUCACGACGGAAACACUUGGACCGCUACCGCACGGCUGGGAGCAACGGAAGACGGCCUCGGGCAGGGUGUACUUUGUUGAUCAUAACAACCGCACGACCCAGUUCACCGAUCCGCGCAUCAAUAUCCACAUCCUGCAGAUGAUCCGGCGGCAGAACAAUGCGGCUGUCAAUGCCAAUGUGGUGGCACCACCAAAUGCUGUUGCCAACGGAUGUUCGGCCAGUGCCGGACUGGCGGCACUGUCCGGUGCAGGACCACAGGUACCGAACGGUGUCCUACCAGGCUCGAGCGUGCGGCACAUGAUCUCCGGUGGUCCUCCACCGGACGCAGCUAUAACGAAUGGAGACACUACGAUGGCGGCGCUGGUGACGGCUAAUCAUCAUCAUCCACAUCAUCACGCGGCUAGAGGUGGCGCUGUAAGCAACAACAUUCCCGAUCUGCCCCAGGGGCUGAUGGAUGCGGCCGAUCUGCUGCCCAAGUACCGGCGGGAUCUGGUGGGUAAGAUACGAGCCUUGCGACAAGAGCUGCAGCUGCUGCAGCCCCAGUCUGGUCAUUGUCGGUUGGAGGUGUCUCGAAAUGAAAUCUUCGAAGAGAGUUAUAGACUGAUCAUGAAGAUGCGACCCAAAGAUAUGCGCAAACGGUUGAUGGUAAAGUUCAAGGGCGAAGAGGGGCUGGAUUAUGGUGGAGUGGCGCGCGAGUGGUUACAUCUGUUGUCUCGCGAAAUGCUCAACCCACAGUACGGUCUGUUCCAGUACAGCCGAGACGAUCACUACUCGCUGCAGAUCAACCCCGAUUCCGGCGUCAAUCCAGAUCAUUUGUCGUACUUUCAUUUCGUGGGUCGCAUACUGGGUAUCGCGGUGUUUCACAAUCACGUACUGGAUGGUGGCUUCACGUUGCCCUUCUACAAGCAGUUGCUCAACAAACCGAUCACCCUGUCCGACAUCGAAGACGUCGAUCCGGAGUUGCACCGUAGCCUGACGUGGAUACUUGAAAACAACAUAUCCGGUGUGAUCGAUUCGACGUUCAGCGUGGAGAACAACAGCUUCGGGGUGUUGAAGGUGCACGAGCUGAAACCGAACGGUGCCUCGAUCGCGGUUACCGAGGACAACAAGCGCGAGUACGUGAAACUGUACGUGAACUAUCGGUUUAUGCGCGGUAUCGAGCAACAGUUUUUGGCUCUUUCGAAAGGUUUCGGUGAGCUGAUCGUUAGCUAUCUGCUGCGUCCAUUUGAUGAGCGUGAGCUCGAGCUGCUGAUUAGUGGUAUCAGUCAAAUUGAUGUGAACGAUUGGAAGGCAAAUACGCGGCUCAAACAGUGCACCGCCGACACACCGCAGAUCGUAUGGUUCUGGCAGAUUGUUGAAUCAUACUCACCCGAGAUGCGGGCUCAGUUGCUACAGUUUGUGACGGGAUCGUGCCGGGUCCCACUGCAGGGCUUCCGUGCACUGCAGGGAUCGACGGGUGCAGUCGGUCCGCGGCUCUUCACCAUCCACCUGACAGCCGAUGUACCGAUACAGAACCUGCCGAAGGCACACACCUGCUUCAACCGGCUCGAUCUUCCGAUGUACGACUCGUACCAGCUCAUGUACGACAAGCUGACGCAGGCCGUCGAGGAAACGUGUGGGUUUGCCGUCGAGUAGAAAGCUUCGAUGGCAUGUGUUACGGGUCGCUCAUUGGCGUCGAUCGAAUCGACUCGAAGAGAAAGAACAAGAGAUGAAGAAGAGCAAGAUAGGAAGAGGUAGGAGAAACACUUUUUAGGGAUGGAACAGCUAGCGAGAAGCCGCUAUGAGUGGUAUGUUAAACGUGUCGUGUAGCACCCCGUGUGCGUGUACAACGAACCCGGACUGAAUUGUUUCCCUUUCGGUGUGUGCCAGUGCCAGCGGAAUCUCGUCCACCUGCCUGUCGGACGGCAAGGAUUCAGUUUUCGAAAGGGAAAUUAAUUUACCGAGCAGUAGCACCAGCUACUCUAUAUCAUCAUUCGCAUCAUCAUCAUUAUCAUCAUUAUUAUCAUGAAAGGGCAAGGAUUUUGGGGCGAAGGCUUUAGACCUGUCUUACGCCAAUGUUACGCCAUACGAUAUUAUACAUUUGACCUUUCAGGGAACUAAAGUGAAGCAGCAAAGUAGAAGCGUUGGGGUCAGCGUCUGCGUGCGCCAGAGACAAUCCGUUGCGAACGAGUGGCCUGGUUGGUUGUGGUUGGAUGUAGUUUGGAAUGAAAUGAUGAAAUGGACGACAUGGAUGUAUGUUUGCUGUGUGUGUGUGCUGUGUGGCCAUAUUUCCAGCCCCUUUUAUCGCGAUCUUUUAGAAUUGUACAGGAUAAUAGAGAAGGAUGUGUGCACGUGCGUGUGUGUGUGUGUAUGUGUGUAUGUGUAUGAGAACGAAACAGCGCUGUGGUCGAAUGUUGGGCUGAUGUUCAGAUUGUUCAGUUGGAGGAGAUUAGUUGGAGCCGCGAGUGAUAUAAUUAUAUAUGCCUCUAUAUAUACAUAUACAUAAACCUAUAACUACAAAUGUUAAAUGUAAAGUGAAAGUAGCGUUCUCCUGUUUAAAAGAAGAAAAAACAAAUGAAGAACAGAAACAAACCGGCAUCAACCUUGUAUGUAUGAUGGCAGAUAAGGCGCGGAAAGAUAAGUAAAAAGGAGUGUUGCUCUGCACGAGUGGAAUAAAUGAGACGAUCCAGAGCGAUGGACCGGCAUUAUCCUGUAAGCGUGGCCGGCCAAUGAGCGUUUGUAAACGAAAGAAACGGUAAUACAUGGUUGUGUUCAUGAUGCGUAGCGGAAGUGUCUGGGCCCAGUAUAGUGAAGCAUAUCUUAGCGAUCCCAAGGUCUUAACUGGAGAAGACGUGCGCUCUUUAUCGAUUGAGUAAACUGGUUUACCAAUACCGGAGAUACCGAUUAACACCAAGAAGCAUGAUAUAAGCCUGUUCGCUGUUACGGUGCUCAACAGUGCCCCUCAGCCCCAGUUCAGUAGGAAUUGUACAAUUUAGCCGUACGAUCUUUAGUGAAUGCAUUGUACUUGCGAGUUUUGAGAUUUCCAAUGUUUCCGAUGUUUGUAGAGACGAUGUAUGAUGUUGUACAAGCGACAGUACGAGUUUAACUGUACUUUCAUCAAGUAAUGAAAUUGUUUUUAUGCAGCAAAUGUUAUCCUACGCAUUUACACCUAACUCUUUGUCCUUCGUCAGGGUCAAUUGAACCAAAAGCCGGCUAGCGGUAGACGUUCUAACGGUAGACAAAAACCAAGAAACUAAUUUCCAAAUCAUUAGGGAACGUUGUAGAACUCGUCCUACUUUUCUCUUUGCUCCUUCGACGAAUCGUGGAAGAUGGACCAUGUCUACCAUAUUUUAACACGAAAUUUUAACCACUACACUCACUUCUAACAUUUAAUCAAAAAAUAGCGAAAUGGAUCAAAAGGCGCGUUGUCGGAUUGAAAUAAUCAAAUAAUCGAAUUCGAUAGAUAGCAAUAGAAAUGGUUACUAGCUCUUCUCUUUAGUGCAUUUGCAAAGCGAAGCGGUCACGAUGGGUCGAAUUUAAUGAUAGACUUUAACGCCCUGCGAUAGAAGGGUCAAACAAGCAUAUUGAAACCGAAUAACCGUAGAGCAAACCAAAAAAGCCACGCGCAAACCGAGGACCGGAGUAGUUAGGUGGAUUCCUUUACUGGCGGGAAGCGUUUGGGAGAAACAUUUCAAAUGAACGGCUGUUCCCAAAUAUUGGUCAAAAAGGGAGGGCAUAUCAUUUGUGGAAAAGGAACGGGAAAAAGCGGUAGUUAGGGGGAGCGUACGUCUAUUCGUGUAUCACUGGACCUCCCGUGUUCUGGUGCCACGCACUCGAGGAGAUAGAGGGCUAGACAAUAGCAGUGGCGUAAAGGCUGGAGUGCUGUGAAUGUUACGACGGUGGAACUGUAAGCGAAUUAGUAAUUAAACACAAGCGAUUUUCCUGGAGUUUUCCUCUUAGUUGGUUUUUAUCCGACAGUCCGAAAGUAUUUGCCCCUCAAGUUAGGCAAUGUUCUAAACCUUAGUACAGCGUUCCCAAGAAAUCUCCCAUGCUUGGUGUGGUCGGAUUAAAUAAAACAUUAGCAUUAAGUUCACGAUAUUCUUUUUUACUUAACUUC